UUACGCACCCCUGAGGAGAGGCAGCAGAGGCUACGCGGCAUUCCAACCGCCUACAAUUAUAGGUUGGAAGCUCCUGUAAGGGACUUGAAAAGUCAGGCAGAUGCUAGUGAAUCCUAUCCCGAGGAAUUGAAGGCAUUUGUUGACAACUAUGAGCCAAUUGAAAAAGGCACGGGGUAAGUUAAGAAUGGUUUGCGCACCCCUGAGGAGACGCAGCAGAGGCUACGCGGCAUUCCAACCGCCUACAAUUAUAGGUUGGAAGCUCCUGUAAGGAACUUGAAAAGUCAGGCAGAUGCUAGUGAAUCCUAUCCCGAGGAAUUAAAGGCAUUUGUUGACAACUAUGAGCCCUUAAAGACGGCACGAAGUAAGUUCAGAAUUGCCACCCUCAGUUAAAAAAUUUGCAAUUGAUCCGGAAAUAGCAACACCAAUCCUUAUCACCGUAAGUUAGGAAUCCUAGGGAAGCUCCCAUAUUGCAAUAAAAAGUUGUGCUCCUUCUCCCCCAGUGUGAACUUUUUGGGCUUAUGUGAAGCAAAUGCGCAAAAACCAAUAUAGAGGAGGCGAAGCAAUAUCACUACUAUUUCCAAAAAUGUAACCUGUAUGCUGUGUACUGUUUUCUCCAACACGCCUUUCAAAAAUGCAAACCAGUUUAUGGUCAGAGUGCAGAAUCGGGGAAAUGAAAGAAGGUAAAUGUACAACAAGCCUUGCCAAGAAUACGAAUGGAUCGCGAAUUACAGAUGUAACAACUGAGAAAGAUCUUGGUAGCCACAUUUCCUCAACACUAUCAUGGAAUGAUCAUAUUGACCUUUUCAUCAAUAGAAUAAAUAAAAUGCUUGGCCUUUUUUAUAGAACGUGCACGAGUAAAUGUGAUCAAAUAACUUUGUUGACUCUUUAUAAAUCGUUGGUGCGACCACAAUUAGAGCACGCUUCACAAGUCUGGUCACCUUAUACUAAAGGAAAAGUCUUGGCCACAGGGCACGUUCAAGGGCGUGCAACCAAAUUUAUUUUGAAGUGUGACUUUUCAAUAACAUAUCCUGAACGUUAAGUCAAAUAAGGUCUUUUUGCCUCUCGAGUUUAGAAGGGACGUUUUAGAUUUAUUCCUUUUUUUAAAAACGUCUUUAUGGACCUUGACGCCCAGUUGUAUGUUAGUUUCAAGUCCUCUUAGUAUAGCAUGAAAAACUCAGAAGCAGUACUAUUUAAGGGUCGCUUUAGAACUCGUUUUUCAACUUUCAUUUUUUAAUCGCAUUGUAGCUUUAUUGAAUGACCUGCCUGGAGCCAUAACAAUAACUGAUGAGUACUGUUACCUUUGUUUAGUAACAAAGUUAAUGAACUUCAUAUUGAUAAAUUUAAUUCAAUAUAUAAAGAAUUUUAUGGUCUUGUUACUGUUUUUAGCAUACGAGAUUUUAUAACUCUAUCUAAUAAGCUCAUAAACAAAUUGUACGAUAAUUAUACCAAACGCUUCAACGAAUUCAAAUCUAGGUUUAGAAUUUUCUUAUACAUAGUUUUUUUCAUUUUAUUGUUUAUUCUAGGCAAAUUAUUCUUAUAAGGAAUCCUCGUGUUCUGUAUAAACUGUCCUAAUUAUGCAGAUAUCACUUAUACAUAUGUUGUUUUCUUCGAUUUUAAUUGUAUUAUUUUGAAUAUCUGUGUUAUUGAAUUGAGUAAAUAAGUAAACUUGGUGAUUUGUUAGUCUUCCAGCAUAUCAGAUAAUAGUGAUAAGAUGAACAUUUGAGUGUCAUAAGCAAAAUCAUCAACAAAUAUUUUCAACUUUUUAGCACCUAUUAAAUGAACAUCCCAGCCCUUGAAAGCUGGGAGAGAGCUUAAUUAAGUAUCUGAGAAAAGAGGUCGAUGAAGUAGACAAAAGGAGGCCUCUUUUUGACCCACACUUUCAGCAUAUCUUGGAUUGCCAGGGGUUGGAAACACCUGUUGAGUAUCAUGAACAAACUCACCAAUAAACAUUUUCAACUUUUUAGCACCUAUCGAAUGAGCAUCCCAGUCCUGCAAGUGCAAACCUAGAGUUUGGAGCAAGUUUAAUCAAAUACCUGCGAAAAGAAAUCGGACAAGUAGACAUUUUGCCAAAGAGGCCUCUCUUUGAUCAGGAUUUCCAACAUAUCUUGGAUUGCCAGAGGUUGGAAACCCCCGCUGCACUACAAAGUAAGUCGCAUUCCUUCCCCAAAAAAUAAUAGAAUGCAUUCAGAAGUAGAUUUUAGGUUAUUAUCGAUGCUGGUAAGAUGGUACUGGUGGAAGUGACUUGUGACGACGACCAGAGAAUAAUAGAGAAAGUAUCAUGAGUGACAAAUUCUUGUGUUGUCCACGUUUAGACUAAUCUAUGUAAGCUGAAUAUCCACAAAAGCCAUAAAACAAUCAACAGUACUUCUGCAGCACCUUCAAAUUACUAGGCGUGCAAACCUGAAACCACUGUUGAACAUCACCACAAAGAUUAUAGUGAAAGUAUGCAAGAAGCAAUAACAAGUGACAAAACGUGCUGCUAUUCAUUGAUUAGGUAUAUACUAAAAUUACAUGUGCACAUUAUAUAGACUUUGAGCUUCAGUGGCAAGAGAUAGUUGCAAAAAGUUUUAUCCCACAACUAAUGUAAACAGUACUGUGUUGCUCAAAUAGUAGCAAAUGCCAAUGCUACAGUCUUUGCUAUUUUGACUUUCACUCUUGUAAUGGCGCUAUUGCACAGUAUGUCAGCUCACUGUGGAGCAAUGAGAUAGGCAGCCUCAGAGACGACCUUGAACCCUUAUCCAGGGGCUCAAGGAAUAAAGGUUGGGGAUGUGGAGUUUAGGUAAGUCUUAUUAAUGACAUAUUAUCUUUUUAGUUUUUUGUUCCCAAAUAAAGUCAUGGGUAGACCGGCUAUCAUUCAAAAUGAUAAAUUCCAUGUUUCUCAUGACACCAUUUUGGCAAACGUUUGUAGGUAUUUGACACAAUAGUAAUAAUAACUAUGAUGGAUUGCUUUGAAACAGAAUACAUUUGAUCCGUACAAUUGCACAUUCUCCAUACCAUUGUCGAGUCUUUCCAUAACAUUCAAAGGAGGAAAAUAAAAGAAGAAAUUCUUAUCCUAACUAGCUCGGGGUUUGAUCCCAUAGCUUUUAAGGACCCUUGUAUUUUAUUAAGCACAAACACUUUGAAGAGUAAUAAGAUGAGGUCUAAGGAAGGAACAGUGAAACUGCAAAAAGGGAAAUGUACCUUGGCGUUUCACAUGAGAAACCAGACGCUGCAAAUCGCCAACACAAGUAAGAAUACCCAUUACUGUUGCACAAUUUUUUUUUUUUAACGAUCAGGUGACAAGGCUUGGACGACAUUUAUUCGGGAAUCAGUGUUUUCCUUAUCAGGCGGUAACGGGUAAAAAUUACCGCUGGAAGCAACACUUCUUACUGCCAGCAACGGCCUUAAGGUUUAACAAAAUUAAAGAAGUACUUUCAACUCACCAAGUUGCGAUCAAUUUAGCCGCCAUGGCGCCUAAAAUUUUGAAGCUGGCAACUUGAUUUGGAAAAAAGUCUUCCUAAACCAAAAGAAAUUGGUCCCCAUUUGGCGACCAAGCAAAAACUUUAAUUUCAGGGGUUGAGUUUUUAAAAAUGCACAAGUUUUGAUCCGAUCCCAUUCUCACAUGUUACAAAAUAAAUGAAAAUAUGAAGAAGUACUGAAGUACACACAGCUCUUCUAUAUUUUAUGGGCCACGCAUUUUGGACAAAGACCAUUAAAAACAGAGCAAAAUUAUUGGAGUCAAUCGCUUUAAAUAUAUUUGUUGUGUAAAGGUAAUUAUGGCCAAUUUGCAUAAAAUAGGUCUGAAAAUGAGGGAAUGACGUUUCAGAGAACUUAGCUCCUCCUAGCAAGGGCGGGGCCAUGUUCCACACUCCAAGGCCCCUCCCCCUCCCCCCCACGAAAGUGUGCCUCAGGCACAUAUUUUUUGCCUCACUGGCUAUGAAUGGUCCCCCACCUGCUGAGCGGAAAGUUAGGUAGAACACUGGAGUUGAGAAGGAGAUUCUACAGAGGUGGGGUGUCUGCCCAUCAUGCUAUAAAUUAUUCCUUUGUCUGCAUCUAGGUCCUACCCUACUCUUGGCUCUGUAAGAGGCAAAUGUAAGGGUAAAUUUCAGCUGUGUUGAAAGGUUUACAUAUACCCCUUAUUAACACAGUAUCAAAGCACUGAAAAUGUACAAAAUAAUGCCAUGUCUCCUAAUUCCCAGGACUUCCACAAGAAAAAUAGAACCAAAACGGACCCUUUUUUCGAUUCCCUUCCUUAUUGUUGUAUUUACUCGGCAAAUUCAAAUCUUAGUGACAACCCUGAUUGGAUUCCUUGCCAACUGAUUGCGUUUCUUUUCCUAGACGAGUCUUUGUGUUCACACCGCUGGAGCCGGGCAGCCCAUAUUGCCCCGUAAGCCUUGAAUUUUUACAUCUUGCCAGGCGCGAGGCAUUCAGGCUAAGCCCUGUGGAGGCCUGGCAGACUAAGGACUUCACAGUCAAGGAUGGUGUGGCAGAGUGGCCCCUGUUCUGUAAGGUGGACCUUUCCACCCGUAAAUUGAAGUCAAGUAGCUGCAUCCACUUUCAUUGCAGGAAAAUGGCUAAAUGUGUGAAUCACCACUGCCGUCUGCAAUGAUAGUCAGCACAAAUUAUUGAAAAUCAAUUAACUACAAGUUUAUCUACCACUCUACAGAAUGAACAGGUCACAACAGAGGAGAUGCGAAACCAUUUUCACACCAGCGUGUUGAAAGCGCAGUUCAACACGAAAGAAAUAUCGCAUCGAUCUUACAGACCAGUAAGUAACCAACUACAUCCUUGAAAUUAAAGUAACUGAAACCAAAAACCUUUGGUCAUUUGAAAAUGUCCAGUAUUUGCAUAUGUUGAAUUUCAGCAUGCACAUCAUGUAAUCCUAGCCACAUGUUUUACAAACCCUGAUUCCAAGUCUGCAGUAAAUGUGCAUGGGUUUAUAAUAAUAAAAUUAUUGAUUUUGUCAAGUUUAGUCACACUAUUAUACAGUGUUCUCCUUAUCAGGUGGUUACCGGUAAAAUGUAUUGCCUGAAGAAACACCUCUUUCCGUCUGCAGCUACUUGAAGGUUUAAUGACAAAUUAAAUAAAUAAAAAGUAGUUUUCAAAAAUGCGCAAGUUGUGAUCCGAUCCGAUUAAGGAAAUGAAUGAAUAUGUGAAAAAGUGCGUAAGUAUCUACAGCUUUCCUUUUUCACAGUGGCUAUUCAUACGGACCCGUACACCGACUCGUAUUUGCUAUUCAAACGGGAGCUAAGGGGAUGAAGUCUCUUCUGGAAACUUAGAUGAAAUGUCUAAUAUAAGCCUCUUGAAAUUUCUGGUCAACAAAUUUCCAUGAAAGAGUUAGUCUCUUUAACCAUUGUUCAAUUUUUAAUGAGAAAUUUCAGUGGUAAAUUUGACAGGAAAAAAAAAUUGGUGUGGCUAAAUUGAGAAUCAAUCCCGGGGUGUAGUCUUGACCACUUUAUUUAUACAACGGAGUAUUCGAAUUCAAACGGGUCCCGUAUGAAUAGCCACUAGGUUUCUUUUUAUGGACCAGACAUUUGGGGAUUACUUACACAUUACAAAGGCUUGUCCAUAGCUCAUUUACCUCAUGUACAUCUCUUCUUUAUUUGCAGGGGUUUGCCACACGAUUUGUCCUUUCCUCAGCCAUCGAGAAUGGGGGGAAUUUCACCGACAACCAGAUUGACCAGCUCCGGAGACUUGGACCCCAAGAUCGGCAAUUGUCCACUUGUAUCACAAAAAAAAUAUUGAAGAAUACACUGACGUGGCCUCUCUUCUCAAUCCAGGUAUGUCCAUGUUAGUGUUCCACUGUAUAUGGAGGCGUUUGCUAAAGUAGCAGAGGACAUGAGCUAAUUUAUUCAACCUUUUGGACAAAUGAUGGACGUUAGGUGAACAUUAUUAGUUACAUCACUUGAACAACCCAUUUCAGUAACAGACUAUUGUGACAUAAAACGAAAGCACACUCAGAUUGGUCAAUUUUUAUCAUUGCUGAAUGCAGUGUAAAACUAACAGGUGCACAUUAUGAUCCAUUGCCACCACAUAUCCACUACCUGUGAACAAAUUAAUAUUGCCUUGUAGGGGUCGCCUACUGUAGACACAAAAGUAUGAGCCCUUGAAACUCGAAGAAUAUCAGAGACUGAUAGUCAUCAUAUAAAGUGAUGAGGUAUGCCAAAAGCCUAUAGAGCUUUCACGCUUGACAAGUAAUGCAGACAACCCUCCCUGGGGUUCAAGAAUUACUUCCCUCCAAACCAUUCAAAUGCUUUAGACAUUCCACUAUAUUCAAAUUCUCUUGGUGUUUGGUGACAUUUUUGUCUGGGGACAGCAACAUUGAAUUCCUGGUUAAUCUCUCAUAUACUUUUGCAGCCUAUUCUAGGAUUGCAAAUAGCUUCAUUUCAUAGGAUAUAAAAUGCAGUUCACUUUCAAUUUGCAUCAGAGUUGAUGUUUCAGUGCCUUGACAACAAUGUUACAUCUCUUAAACUAUGUACCUUUUCUUCCAGGACUAA